CUUUGGUGAAACAAGACUAAACUUAUAGAGACACAAACACGUCGUACUGCGGUGAAGAGUGACAGGCUUUUCUAAUUGGACAGUUUCUACACACGAGUUGCAUGAGGACACUGGAUACUUAAACCUGAUGGAACUUACUCUCCCAGCAGCGGAAAGGGGUGCAUAUUUUCCAUCGAGAGAAUCGGAGGGACGAACGGUGGGAGAAAGAAGACAAAAACACAAACCACAACAAAAACUUCAGCAGCUAACUUCUCUGGAGAAAAGGACGAGGAGGACGAACGACUUCGUAUAGGGUGAAAAGUUGAACCCUCGGUAGAAAACUGGGGUGGGGGAACAAAAGUGGGAAGGAGCAGCAGGACGUUCACUGCAACAUGGAUGUAAGUUGACAGAGGAAAGAGAAACGGGAAAACCGAACAGUUUGAGAUGCGGUCUGGCUUUGCUCUGAAGCCUGAGGCACAGUGAAGCUGAGGAAUCUCUCAGUGAUUGGAGUUAGACCCCUGAACAUGCCAAAGAUUACAGCCUAGAUGCUGCUUUUAAAUAAUAUUAGCUUAUUAUGUGUGUAGGCUUUUCUCGGGGGUUCCCGCCUCGCCCCUGUGUGAAGCCUCCAUUCAUGGCAGACGUUAAUAUUGUUUUCCGCCAAACCGUACGGCGCUCGUGCCUGGUGACUGACUGGCUGCUGACUUGGACCGUGGCCUCGAUGCUGGUGUGCAACGUCACUUUCACGGUUGCUGCUGCCUCUCCUAACUCUGGGCAUCCUCUGCUGUGCUGGCAGGCCGUGCUGCAGUGUCAGGCUGAGCCCGAAUGCCGCUACGCUUACGCUCAGUACGCGCAGGCGUGUAGCUCCGUGCUGCGCGGGCGCCGGCGCUCGUGCCCGAGCCACUGCGUUUCUUCGCUCGUGCAGCUAAAUAUGACGGCGGGCGGGCCGGCGCUCGAGCGCUGCGAGUGCGCGCGCGACGCGACGUGCAGCGGCGCCAAACGUGCCAUCGAGCCGUGCUUGCCGAGGACGAGCGGCGCGGGCGCCGGAGGGUGCACAGAGGCGCGCCGUGAGUGCGAACGCGACGCACAAUGCGCCGCAGCGGUGCGGGACUACCUGCACCAGUGUCGUGGGCUCCUCGGGUACACGGGAAGUGGCCGCGAGGGGGCGUGCACGGACGGCUGCCGGCGAGUGAUAGCGCGCAUGCGCGCCAUGCCCAAAGCGCGCCCGCUGGACACGUGCGUGUGCGACGGCGCCGAGAGGACCAUCUGCGAGUACAUAAAGGCGAGCAUGAAGACGCUGUGCUUCGGCUCGAGUGACGCUUUGUACGCGGGCAGCGGCUUCUUCUCGGACGACGAAGACGAUCUCGAGGGUGACGAGGGGGAGGAGGACUACGAGGCAGAGGAGGAGAACGAGGCAAACAUUGGUGGCGGGAACUUUGUUUUGGUGGCUGCGGCCACUAUAUCAGUUCUAACGCACCUUCACUGAAUCUGUGCCAAAUUCUAGCUGUGGGAGAUGGAGCUUGGAUUAGUUAUUUGUUUUGUGCUCAGUUUGGCUAAACUCUCUACUCUUCAUCUCUGUUGGUCUGAAGACGUUGCUGGCUUGUUAGAGCACACAUUGUAACUCACUGUGAAAAAGCUGACAACCUUAAGAAACGCAGGACCAUAUUAAUAAACUCUGAAUACAAAUGGUGCCCAAAAGGGUGCUGGGGUGAUGCCAUAGAAGAAUCACUUUUGGUUCCCCCAAUAACCUUUCAAUCGAGUGGUUUCUAUUGGGCUUUUAAAAAGAACAAGUCAUAGAAAGAGUCUUUAUGGAAUCAGAAGUGGUUCCUCGAUGACAUUGCUCAGAAUAACAUUUUUUGACGCCUUUAAUUUUAAAAGUGUAACACCACAACUUAGGAACAUACACCCCCAGACAAUGUGCCUUUUGACGUAUAGCAGCGGUUUUCAGUCCUGGUCCUGGAGUUUCUCUACCCUGCAUCAUUUAGUGGACUUUUCCCUGCUGCAACACACCUGGAUCAGCCCAGGAAAAGCCUUUUAAAUGUGUUAAGUGUGAUGCUGUGCACUUCAUGAACUGUUAGAUCAUAAUUCUUGGCAUAGCCUGUGUAGCGCUUCAUUAAAUGUGAAAAGUUUUGGACACACGUCAACCUUACAGUUUUCAGCUUGAACUCUUGAUGACGAAAAUUAAGAAUUGCUGUGCUGAGUUCAUUUCCUGCAAACUGCAAGCUUAAAUUUCACCUCAGCAAGUUAUCCAAAUUCAGCACAGCAGUUUCUUAUACAUGCAGAAGCAAUAUAUCUGCUGGGUACUGUCUGCUGUCUGAUGAAUGAGACGGCUUCUGAAACACCAAAUCAUUCUGCGAAUACUUUUUUGGCAUACUAUUCACAGUAAAAGUAAGAUAUUUGUGCUGGAUAAGGCUACUCCAGAGACAGAUUUGAGAACCCCUGAUGUAGAGACCUAGAUGAACCACCAGAUAUUAAAUUAUUAUGAUUGAGAGAACUAUUACUUUAAAUAAGCUUAUGUACUCUCAUAUAAGAUGAAAUGGAAAGGGAAUUCUAUUUUUGUAUGCCACAUAAGCAGAUGUGUACACAAGAAUUGCAUUUGUAGUUUUGUGAUAUUCCUAUGCUAUAUAAACAAAUGAAACAAAAUUUUAAA